AUGCCAAGGACACGUGAGGAGCUUUACAAGCUCAAGGAGAAGUAUGGGAACAAUCGAAGGCUUGCUGCGCACUUCUACCGCAAUCGUGCCAUUCAGCUGGAAAUGAGGAUGCUGUAUUUGGGCGGAGCGCCCCUAGCUCGAGAAUUCUCCUGCAUGGUGAAACUUUUCCAGAAAGGACAAGUGCCAUGCCUGCGAUGGCAAGCAGUUCGUGCAGUUGGGCAGGAGUGGAUGGACACAGUCCUGGAGACAGCUUUUCUCAUCCAUGAUGCAGACGUUCUGGAGAAGCUACAGAUCACACUGCCCUUGCAAAGCCCUGACGCGCCACGUGAAGCUCAUGUGGACCCUGCGCAAGGUGAGCGCUUGAAUGCGUUUUGGAAGUUCCUGUGUGAGCUUUGCUCCAGCCGUUGCUGGAGCCAAAUCCAGUUUUCCAUGCUGGUGCCCCAGAUCCUGGCCGGCAUCUGGCACGAAUCACUAGACAUCCGAGCAGCCGUGAUGGCCCGAGCCCGCAAGAUUUGUGAGGCCAUUUUGGCUGCGGAGGCCAUCGUGUUUCAGGUCGAAGGAUCGCCAGCCGUGACAAAGAAGACACGGGCAUCACUUACAACCUGCCUGAAGGAUGCUGCGUGGAAUGAACUUCAGCUUGCCCGUGAGUGUAUCUCGGUUUGCCGUGCUUGCAAUUGGAGCCCUGACGGUCAACAGCUUCGACUCCUUACCCACAGGCUGUAUGCAAGACCGCCUUCAACGAAGCACUUCCUAGAAGACUGCUUUGCACAUCUGUCUGAUGUGUCGAAACGACACAUGAAGGGUAUGACUAUGCAGAGGUGGACCAAGUACAUCUACACGAUGUCAUCGCCCACUGUCCGUGAAUCCAAGUGGCCUCAGCUGCGCCAAUCCUUGCAGGAGUUUGCGCAGUACUUGGCGGAGCAAAGGCGACCUGCGCAGCAAGCGGCCGAGGCAGAUGCAACAGCAGAGGACCCCAACCUGAAGCUCUCGGCCAACAAGAAAACGUUCCAGGUCGCGCAAACAAUGCUACCUACGGAGCUUCAGGAGUUGCUGCAGGAAAAAAACAUGUCGGCUUGGUUCAAGAAGGCGGGCACCGAGAGCAACCAGCGAGCAAGUGCUGCGACAGCCUGGCUUGCUGAACACAACGGCCGCUUUGAGCUGUCAACCUCCGCGUGGUCAGUUACCGGCCAGCAGGUCUACUUCAUGAUGGCACCUGGCCCCACAAAUGCAAUUUCUCUUCCGGAAUGGAUAUUCAACCACACCGUUGGGGAAUCGUGCCCUUGGAAAGCUGUUCCCUAUCGGGUUGCUCAGCCUACGGAACUCCCGGAAGAGCUACAUGAUUGUGUAUGUCUUCUGUGCCAGACAGGCCCUGAAGAACAUAUCAUCCGAGCCGCGUUGAGAAGCGGCGUCAUGCUGACCAAAGCCCAGCUUCACAACCUUUGGCAGGUUGCAAGAUUCCAACUUCCUGGCCCCAAAUGCGGGUCGGGAAAAAAAGGAGGCAUCGUCAAGAAAGACUAUGUCUUGGCAGCCCUGAGGUUCUACUUUCCUGAUGAACCUGAAGACUCCGAUGACUUUCAGUUCAUGUUUGAUUCUUUGAUGGGCUCCGUCAAAUCGCCAGAAUGCUCCGAGGAAGUCCUUGCUGCAGUGCAGGGGCUGGACCCAGUCCACCAAGAAGACUGGCAAGACGUCAAGCGCUGUGCCUUGAAUCAGCUUGCAAGCCAAACAAGGGACGCAAAGCCCCGCCAUAAGAAAAAGGAGCACAACACAGCGGAGGGACCUGGAGACGCUGACGAGGCUGAUGGCGCACAGUCUGCUGGCUCCAAGCGUUUAGCGCCAACAGCCAGUGGGCCAAUGGAUGCCACACCUCGCAAGGAGCCACGUGUGCUUGCCCAGCGCAAGCGCUACACACCAGGAGAGUUGCGCAGCCUGAUUCCGGGAAAUGGAACCCUUUCUGGUGUCUACCUGAAACGGAUUCCUGGGAACAGCAACGGCAAGAUUUACCAAGGUUUCUAUGCUGCGAAGGAGACGGGUCUCUUGGUCUGUUUACUUUGUAGCCCAUAUCUGCAGUCAUAG